CCCUCCCUUCCCCUCACCCCUCCCCCGCCUCCUCCGCGUCGAUGGCGGCGGCGAUUAUGGCGGCGGAGCAGGAAGCCGCGAAAGGCGGCGGCAGGAACCGCGGCGGUGUGCAGCGCGUGGAGGGCAAGCUGCGCGCCAGCGUCGAGAAGGGCGACUACUACGAGGCGCACCAGAUGUACCGCACGCUCUUCUUCAGGUAUAUGUCACAAGGAAAACAUCCAGAAGCAAGAGAGUUAAUGUAUUCAGGGGCUCUUCUGUUCUUCAGCCACAACCAGCAAAACAGUGCUGCUGAUCUGUCCAUGCUGGUUUUGGAGUCUUUGGAGAAAUCGGAUGCAAAAGUAACAGACGACCUUUUAGAAAACUUGGCUAAGUUGUUUAGUUUAAUGGAUCCAAACUCUCCUGAAAGAGUGGCUUUUGUAUCCAGAGCACUAAAGUGGUCUAGCGGAGGAUCAGGAAAACUCGGACAUCCCAAAUUACACCAGUUACUAGCAAUUACCCUCUGGAAAGAGCAAAACUAUAGUGAAUCUCGGUAUCACUUCUUGCACUCCACAGAUGGCGAAGGCUGUGCAAAUAUGCUAGUAGAAUACUCCUCGUCCAGAGGCUAUCGCAGUGAGGUGGACAUGUUUGUAGCACAGGCAGUCCUACAAUUUCUCUGCUUAAAAAAUAAGACCAGCGCAUCAGUUGUUUUUACAACAUACACACAGAAACACCCUUCGAUAGAAAAGGGUCCUCCCUUUGUUCAACCACUGCUAAACUUCAUCUGGUUCCUGUUACUGGCCGUCGAUGGGGGAAAACUAACAGUAUUUACAGUAUUGUGUGAACAGUAUCAACCGUCAUUGAAAAGAGAUCCCAUGUAUAAUGAGUACCUAGAUAGAAUAGGACAGCUUUUCUUCGGUGUGCCGCCCAAGCAGACAUCGUCCUACGGAGGAUUACUAGGAAAUCUUUUAAACAGUCUGAUGGGAACGGGUGAAGAUGAUGACACAGAAGAUGGUCAGGAAGAUAGCAGUCCUAUCGAACUCGACUGAAUAUUUUUGUCAUUGGGUGCCGUGUAAAUCUGAUGAUUCGAUGACUCCAAAGACAGUUUUGGAAUUGAAUCCUGCAGUUGUUUCUUGGUGCCUAAAAGGGCUCCUUUGGUCUUUUAGAAAUGGUUGCUGAAAUGUUUAUAAUGUUUGGUCUAUAUUAUUUAUGUAAAAAAAAAAAGACACCAACAAAAAGUAGCCAAGAGAACCAAUCGGAGCAAUUGUUAGCAGGUUUCCGAUACAGCGGCUGGUGACUUUGAUUAAACUAUAGUCUUCUAUGGUUUCUGAUGCAGUAUUCCCUUUUGCACAAUAACUCAAUAAAGCAUAAAUAUGGGUCUUCUACUUCACGGCCUGCCCAGUACCAUCUCUGUUACAGGAAAGCCUCCUUGACCUCUGCCACCUCUGAGGAACAUCUUGAGAGGCAGGGUGAGUUACUGACUAAUUUAUGUGCGAGGCUGGUGCCAAAAGUACUGCGCGAUGAGCCAAGCAGUAUAAAACGAGCUGCACAUCCAAGAGACACUGAUCCCAGGAACUCGCUUCCACUGCAGCGAGUAGCAGACACGCCAGUCAUGCUGCCUUCCAGGCUGCCUAGGAGCUGGCGCUGGCUGAGCCCACGCGUGCGUUUAGCUUGAUACUUUCUGAAAAGCACAAGAUUGAAUUGCUCUUGAGUAAAAGCCCAUCAGUGGAACCCAGGUAGUUGGCUUCUACCUGGAUCUCUCUUGCCUAGGUAUAAAAAUUUGACAUCCAAAAUACCUCCUCUGACUCCUGGCUCUCUUCCUUUGGAACAGAUUGUUUUUCAGUGUAAGUUCACCACCAUACGUAAAAGCGAAUUUCCACAAACAACGUAUGCAUUUGACCUGCAGCUACAUGUAAAGAAAAGGGAUACUGCAGAACUUUUGGUUCUUUAUGAUAUAUUUAUUUUUCUUGGGUGAUUGACUGAUUCAUUUAACACUUCAUGUAAAAAGAAUAAAUCAAUAAAUAAUGGAAUAACUUCAACCCCAAUGGUAGGCAUAGCAAUUCUACAUCUCCUCCUCUUUGAUGCAGCACAGCAGAUGUCAGUGGUACAGCGAAUGGAUGAAAUGGGGAAACGCUUUAUUUUUUCAUGAUGAAAAUAAGAAGGCUUUAGAUUAAUAAACAGCAAUCAUGCAUGGGGGAGGGAGGGAUUAAUACAAAUUUAUUGACUGUAAGAAAAAAAAAAAGGCAUUGAAAGGCAGACUUUGUGUUAAUUGUGAAGUCUCAAAUAAACACUUUAUACCAGGA